UCUUGUUUACCUUCUCCUUCCAGCCGGUCCUCCUCUUGGCUGCCACGUCACCUUUUUUGUGCGGGUGUUUCCAUAGUGCCCUGUUUGGAAGCCCUACUCGAGCUUUCUUAAGGGAAGUUCUGAACUUGUGUCCAAGCCCGUCCCUUCUACUGAGAAAGACAGCUUAGGGAAGCAGGGAGAAUAUAGGCUUUGGAGGUAAAAUUGUUUCCACUUUCAAUAUAUUUUUACUGAUUUCAGAGAUGAAGGGAGAGGGAGAAAGAUAGAAACAUGAAUGAUGAGGGAGAAUCGUGGAUGGCUGCCUCCUGCGCGCCCCCCCAUUUGGGAUCAAGCCCGCAAUCCGGGUACGUACUCUGACCAGGAAUCGAACCUCGACCUCCUGGUUCGUAGGUCAACGCUCCACCACUGAGCCAUGCAGGCUGAGCUCCUUUUUUUGUUUUUAAAAACUCUCACAACAAUCAUAUCUCCAUUUUGCAGGUGAGGAAACUGAGGCACAGGGUAAAAAAAAAAAAAUUGGUUCUGGUAAAAGACACAACAUAAAACUUAUCAUUUAACAAAUUUGAAGCAGCAGCUCAGUGGCAUUCGGCACAGUCACAGUGUUAUGUGACCACCACCGCUAUUUAGUUCCAGAACAUUUCCAUCUCCCCAAAGGAAAUGUACCCAGUGAGGAGCCACUCCCCAGCCUCCCCUUCCUUGUGCCCUUGGCGACCACUAAUCUGCUUUCUGUCUCUCUGGAUUGACCUCUGCUCAGCAGGCAACUGAGUUGCAUGCAAAUGAAUCAUCCGCUAUGUGGCCUUUUCUGUCUGGCUUCUUUCAGCAUAAUAUUUUCAAGAUUAAUUCACGUAGCCUGUAUACCUUGGACAGGCAUACCUCGGAGACGUUACGGGUUUAGUUCCAGACCAUGGCAAUAAAGCUACUAUUGCAAUAAAGCUAGUUGUAAUCUUUGUGCUGAUAGAGGGUUUUGCCUUCAAUUUAUUACAAAACACACCACAUCUGUGAAGUGCAAUAAAGCAAAAUGCCAUAAAAUGAAGUAUGCCUAUACUUCAUUCCUUUUGAUGGCUGAAUAAAUCCCCUCAUUCGUAUAAACCCAAUUUUGCUUACCCAUUCAUCAGUUGAUAGGCAUUCGGGUGGUUUCCACCUCUUGGUGAUUGUGAGUAGUCCUGCUGUGAACAUUUUUGUACAAGUUUUGUUUGAACACCUGUUUUUAAUUCUUUUGGGUAUCCAUUGAGGAGUGGGUUGUAUGUUAAUUCUAUAUUUAAGCUAUUGAGGGAAUCAGUUGAGUACAUUUCAGCUCAGUAACACAUUUAGUAAUUGGCAGAACUGGGAUUUGGACUCAGGCAAUUUACCUUCAGAGCCCAUAACCUGAAAGUACGACUUUAUUGCUUAUAGCUGUCAUUAUUGUGCAGUGUUAAUCGGCUGAUUCAUUUGCUAGCUCUGACCUGGCAUCACCAUAGCCCUAUAUGCUUGGAGGUUCAUUAUCCUUCCCAAACUUCCCUCCAUUAUGUUGAGACCUUUUGAAAAUGUACCUUCCAGCCCUCUCAAUGUUGGGGGGAGGAGACGUGGUGGCAGUCCAUUGUGACCAGAUGGGUUCUGCCCUGCUGUCAGCCUUUAUUCUCAUCCCCCUUGUCCUGUGCUCACUUCUCACAUGCUCUUUGAGGAUGAAGGGACGAGGAAUAGAAGAGCAAAAACUCAAUUCGCACCUGUAUUGUGAAAGUUGAUCAUUUGUUUUAAUGACAUUGCUCAGGUGGCUAAAGAACUCUGUACACUUGUUUUACUGCUGCCUUCUUACCAGUGGAGCACAGAGCUUCCCUAAUGGUGGUCCUGCUGGUGAUGAGGGCACCCAUUCUGAAGAGGAAGGCUUUGCUAUGGAGGAUGAAGAUUCUGAUGGGGAACUGAAUACCUGGGAGCUGCCAGAAGGGGUGUCCAGCCGUCUGCCUAGGGAACAGGCUGCUGAUCUUUUUAAUGAGGACUGGGACUUGGAGUUGAAAUCGGAUCAAGGGAAUCCGUAUGAUGCUGAUGACAUCCAGGGCUGCAUUUCUCAAGAGGUCAAACCUUGGGUGUGCUGUGCCCCGCAAGGAGACAUGAUCUAUGACCCCAGUUGGCAUCAUCCACCUCCACUGAUACCCCAUUAUUCCAAGAUGGUCUUUGAAACUGGACAGUUCGAUGACGCUGAAGACUGAGGGCACAGCUUUCUGCCUGCCAAGUACAUGGGUCUUCAAGAUGAAGGUCUUUCUUCUUUUCUUUGAGGUGAGAUGUCAUAUCUGAGGAGACAUUCCCAGUGAUUCCUGAGCCAGGCACACGGACUGGUGUUAAAUAAGGUCCCACUGCCCCCUCGUUCUGUUGUUGUUGCUUUUCAUGAGUGUGUUACCUCUUUAGAUGUGUUUGUUUCUGCGUUAGGAGGAGGAGUUGUGUUCUUUAUAAAUAAAGGUAGAAAAAUAAAAUCAA